AUGGAGGUUAUCCGGAGCUUCUGUGGAAAAUUACGGUCUCUGGCCAUCACCCUGGAUAGCGAGACGGCUCGGCUGCAGCGGGCGCUGGACGGAGAGGAGAGCGACUUUGAAGAUUAUGCAAUGAAGAUUUUAUAUGACCUGCAGUCAGAAGUCCGGACUCUAAAGGGUGAGGUUGAUAGUCUCCUUCAUAAAGCAAGCUUGGAAAGUCAAGAAAACACUGAUUUCAUAAAGACAACCAAAGUAUUGAUGAAAAGAAAUUCAAUGGAUAUCAUGAAAAUACAGGAGUUUUUCCAGAAGUAUGGCUAUAAUCCACGGGUCAAGGAAAGUUCAGUGGAUGAGCAUGAACUCAUUAACUCUAAACCAGAAUUGGCUCACUGUGAAGACCUUCAAAAGCCUGAUGGGAAGGUUGAUCUAUCUGAUCUUACUGUUUUAAGUAGUUCUGUUUCUGAGAUGCCUCCACGUAGUCCACAGCUUUCAGAUUUUGGACUUGAGCGGUACAUGAUAUCCCAAGUUCUGCCAACUCAUCCCCAGGAAGUAAAUGACCAUAAGGAAGAGCCAGCAAUUUUAACUCCACCUACCAAACAGUCACCAACUAAAGUUCUAAAAACUCCAAAGUGUGCACUAAAGAUGGAUGAUUUUGAGUGCAUGACUCCUAAAUUAGAACACUUUGGUAUCUCUGAAUAUACAUAUUUAAAUGAAGAUUACACAGUGGGGCUUAAUGUGAAAAACAAUAAAAGUGAAGAAGCCAUAGAAAAAGAACCAAUGGCCAAUGAUAAUUUCUUUCCCUCUCCGGGCCCCCUAAUCCAGCAGUUGGCAAAAAAUGAUGCUGAGUACACACGUUCACCCUUGGCACCUACAUUCUGCACACCUGGUUUGAAAAUUCCUUCUACAAAUAACAGUACAACUUUGGUACCCACAGAUCAUCCAUUAUCAAAAACAAAGAGUUCGACAAAUGAUUUGGAAAGGAAAGAAUGUACUUCAUUAGUUGUAAAUUCAAAGGAAGGCUUUGAGAACCUUGCAGAUCCCUCUUCUCCUAAGAUCUCUUCUUAUGAGAAUCUUCUCAGAACACCUACACCUCCAGAAGUCACUCCGAUUCCAGAAGAUAUUCUCCAGAUUUUGUCAAAAUACAAUUCAAACCUAGCUACUCCAGUAGCAGUUAAAGCCGUGCCACUCAGGAAAGGCUUUUUUACUAAACAUGGACGAGAUGUUCAAGAUGUUUGCAACAAAGAAAACUGA